AUGCCUCCCAAGCCAUUCAAGCCGUACGGCGUGCCACCUCCACUAGACAUCGAGGAAUUCAAAGACUCCUUCGAGAUCUGGCACCAGCAGUGGAAUAUAUUCCUUGCUCUGUCAACCAUCAACACUGCUCUGCCGCAAGGGGAUCUACCGGAGUAUAUUGCCAACAUCUUACUAUCCUGCCUCUCCAAUGCCACGCUGAAAGCCGUGCUCACUAUGGGCUUGACGGCCGACGAGUUGAAAGAUGCCGCCGUCAUCAUUGAAAAGCUGCAGGAGAGGUGCAAUGCGGGUCGGAAUUGCCAUGUGUGUCACCAGAAAUUCUCAUCCCGUGUCCAGCGUGACACUGAAUCGUCCGAUUCCUGGCUCAGCGAUUUGCGUGAUCUCGCACGGAAAUGUGAGUUCGAGAAAGAUUGCUGUGCCGCCUGCCAGAACACGCGUAUUUUGGGCCAAAGUGUCUUUGGCGUUUUCGACGACGAGGUACGCCGUAAGCUACUGGAGCGGGGUGCCAAUUUAACCCUUAAUCGGGCGCUAACAACACUCCGUACAGCGGAGGCCACCCGGCUUCAGGCGUCCACCAUCAAACAGGGUGGUGCAGCCCCCGUCCACCAGCUAAAGACUCCGGCGGCCAAACCACCUAUGGGCAAGCCGGCCAUUCAACACCGGGAUCAGCAGCGCGGACGUCCAGCAGCUCGUUGGCAUCCGCCUGGAACUAAGCCGUAUGGGUGUUGGAAUUGCGGGUCAGCCUCUCGUCACGCUAAAGAAGAUUGCCCCGCCUUCGGCAAGGAAUGUCUUGGUUGCCACAAAACGGGCCACUUCCAGGCCGUAUGUACCCAAGGCGGCAGUUCAACCCCGAAACCUGAGAUGGCUGGCAGCAUCACGAUCCAGUCCAUCACCCCUGAUGACAUGGUCGAGCUUGGUGUUGUCCCGGCUUCCAGCAACGCUUCUAUUGUCAUCCGUGUGCUCCCUGACUCCGGGGCGUCGAUUGAUGCGAUCCCGGCCGCGAUGUUCUGGAGCCACUUCAAGCACGUUCAACUAAUGGAUGGCGGAACAAACGCAGUCACGGCCACCGGGGCGGCUAUUUCUUCACUUGGCCACUUCCCAGCCACGUUGUCAUGGUCCGGCGGAUUACUUCACCCCGUGACCACAACCAUCCAUGUCCUCCGGGACCUUCAACAGCCGGUGCUCUCAAAGGCGUCACAAAAACAAUUCGCUUCAGCCCCAAUUGACGACGUGAAGUCCACGUUGGGCGUUCUUAUGGCUGAAUGCCCUCUGAUAUUCGAUGGCGUGUGCAGGCCGAUGCGAGGCCCUCCAUGCCACUUUCAAUUAAAGGAGGGCGUGGUCCCUUCUGCUAUCCGCGGAUCCCGUCCCAUUGCUGUCCCUCUCAUGCCACGGGACGAUGGCGGAAUCCGCAUUUGCGGCGACUUCACUUCGCUCAAUCACUGCAUCGUCCGGCCCACGUUUGAUUCUCCGACUCCCUUCCAGGCGGUCCGAACCAUCCCGACGGGGAUGAAAUUCUUUAUCGACGCCCUGAAGGGCUACCACCAGGUGGAGCUGGAUGAGGAGUCAAGUGCCAUGAAGACGUUCUCCACUCCGUUUGGCCGCUACAAGUACAACCGUCUCCCGUUUGGCGUCUCGUUGGCUGGCGAUGACUACGGCAGACGUCUCGCAAACAUUUUCGACGAUUUCCUGAACUGUCGCCGUGUAGUCGAGGAUAUCCUGGUUUUCUCUCCCACUUGGGAAGAACAUGUGGACCUCGUCCGUCGCCUUUUCCGCCUCGCCGCUGAUCAACAGAUCGCCAUUAACGUUCGCAAGGUUGUCUUUGCUCAACCGUCAGUGUUGUUCGGUGGCUACGUAGUAGGCGAGAGUGGCUUCCAACCCAGCCCGGAUUUACUGAGGGCCAUCCGUGAAUUCCCGGCUCCUACUUGUGUUUCGGAGAUGCGAGCCUUCCACGGGCUCUGCCAGCAGGUUGGCGGACGACUUGGCUCCCGUUCUUCGCCCUCUGGCUUACUUCGAAAGGAUUUUGUAUGGGAGUGGACGGAGCAACACGAGAAGGAUUUCAAAGCGGCCCGGGAGUCCCUAUCUUCAUCUUCAGAAUUAUCAUUUUACAACGCGGCUUCCCCAACUUCACUUCACGUCGAUGCCUCCCGCCUCCGGGGCCUCGGUUUCAUCCUCCGACAACAAAAAGCCGAUGGGAGCUGGAACGUCGUCCAGGCGGGAUCCCGUUUCCUGUCCGAUGCAGAGUGUCGGUACGCGAUGAUCGAGCUUGAAUGCCUGGCCGCGGCUUGGGCAAUGCGCAAAUGCCGCCAGUUCCUCGAAGGCCUGCCUUCCUUCCGGCUCGUUACCGAUCAUCGCCCUUUGAUUCCGAUCCUCAAUGAUUACCACCUAGAUAAGCUGGAUAAUCCCAGAAUUUUACGGCUUCGCCUGUCCAUGCAGCGGUACUCCUUCGUCGCUAGUUGGGUGCCUUGGGAAGAACAACGUGAUGGCAGAUGCCCUGUCACGCUCCCCCGUGGACCACCCGUCCGCUUCCGAUGA